CAUGUUGAGUAAGUAGUGGAAAAAUAGAAAUAUUUUGAGGAAAGUUGAUCGUUUGAUGUAAUAAAUAAACAAAAUAUUAAAAAUGGCUACAGUGGAAGUAUCAGAAACUACGUCAACCACAAAUAAGGAAAUGACCUUUGCUGAAAAGCAAGCUGAACGUAUGAAGAGACUACGUUCUCUUCACUCAGCUAGAAACGAAGCAAGAAGUCAUAAUCAUCAAGAAGUUGUUGCGGAGGAGGCUAGAAAUAAACUUCCUCCAAAUUACGAAGCCAAACGAAGACAAGCAGAAUGGUUAUUAGACGAUCAAAAGAAACGUGAAGAAGCUGCCAAGGAAGGUAAAGAGUACGAUAGAGUGAAGUUAUUAAACAUAUCAGCGACAGAAGCAGAAAGACUUGAACGUAAAAAGAAGAAAAAGAAUCCCGAUCAAGGUUUCUCCACAUAUGAGCAAGCAACAGUAAGGCAAUACAAUCGACUUGUAAAGAAUAUGCCCGCAGCUGAUAUGGAACAAUACGAAAAACAGAAACAAAAAUAUGGUGAUGCAUUUUAUGGUGGACCUAACGUUAUUAUACAUGGUAUGCAUGAAGAUAGAAAGGAUGCUAUUGACAAAAUGGUUGAUGAUUUAGAAGGGCAAAUUGCAAAACGUGCGAAAUAUUCUCGACGUCGUAUCCACAAUGAUGACGCAGAUAUUGAUUACAUUAAUGAAAGGAAUGCUAAAUUCAAUAAGAAGUUGGAGAGAUUCUACGGAGAGCAUACAUCAGAAAUUAAACAAAAUUUGGAAAGAGGAACUGCAAUAUAAACCAACAAAUUACAUUUGAAUAAAUGUAAAUCUACAAUAGUAU